AACGGAUUAUAACCUCUAAAAUUCGCGUGUAUACAUCUGCAGCAUAUCUGCAGGUUACUCAUGUAAAAUAACAAAUAUAAAAAUGACCGAAGAAUACUUUCCUCGUGGCGGAAAAAAGCCUAAUGUGACAUAUUUUAAGCAAAGUAGUAACUUUUUAGGUGCUGCAGAAAAAGGUCAAGGAAAGAAGAAAAAACAAAAGAAAAGACCAGAAAAUGAUGAUGGAUACUUAUCUGAUGAAGCGGUUAAGGAAGUGGAUCAGUCAUACAAAAUGUGCGCAGCAAGCAUUGGCUAUAAGACACUGAAACCCGGUCUCAAUCUGCUUGGGCGAGUAUGCAAAGUGCUGGAUACAAAGCUGCGCAUCGCUAUGCCCAGCAAGACCGAGGGCAAUGUCAUGGCCUGCCACAUCAGCGAGCCCUACAACAAGAUUCUGGAGGCUUAUGUUAAUGAUGAGACGGAGAAAGUGCGAGAACUGCCGGAGAUGUUCAGUCUGGGGCAGUAUGUGGCGGUCCAAGUGCUGGAGGCAGACGGGGGCAGCGAGGGUGUCAUGCUGUCCAUGAUGCCGCAGCAUGUCAACUCAGGGCGGACACACUCUGACCUAUUAAAGGGUGACAUUCUCCAAGCAGCAGUGUCGUCGGUGGAGGACCAUGGUUAUGUGAUGGACAUUGGCAUAUCCAACACAAGGGCUUUCCUACCUAAAGCUGAAUCAAAUCCAGAAAUUGAAUUAGAUACUGGCAUGUUGAUCUGGACAAGUGUGAAGUCAGUAACAACAUCGGCAGACAACAGUAUCGUCUCGCUGAGCGCUACUCCGGCCGCGCUACAGAAGGCGCUGCGCCGCAAGAAGCCCGCUAAUCUCGAGAAGUGCUUGUUGCCCGGCACUGCAGUAGAGUUCACCGUCGACAAGCCGCUGGACAACGGCAUCGAGGGCCGCGUGCUGGACGCCACGGCGUACGUGCAGCGCUUCCACGCCGACCGCAGCAAGGACAAGAAACCCGCGCUCGGACAAAAGAUCCGAGCUCACGUGUUGUACGUGAUGCCGACUCGCAACGCUCCCUACCUCACGACCAGGAAUAUCUUCGAGAGCGCGCGACCGAACCUAGAAGAAGAGAUCAAACUGAAGGAUGGCGACAUUGUCGAGGAAGCACAGGUGCUGAAGAUCGCCGGGCGCUCGAUCCACUUCAAGCUGGGCAAGAAGUGCGUCGGGACGAUGAGCCUGCGCCGCGUCGCCGUGCACGAGGACCUCAGCGACGAGCAGGUGGUGGCGCAGUCCUACCCCAUCGGCAGCACCCACCGCGUCCGCGUGAUAACCUACAACCUGUCUGACUACAUCUACCACGUGACCGACGAGACCAAACUGCUCACCGAGAAAUACUUCUGCCACUCGCAGCUCUCUGUCGGCCAGCUGGUCACUGGCGCCGUCCGCACUGUAGCCGACAACCACGUCACUGUCACUGUGGGCCGCCUGUCAGGCUAUGUACCGCAACUACAUCUUUCGGACGCGGGCGUCUACGUGGAUCCUAAGAAGGCGACCACCUCCAAACUGACUAAAAAGAAGUACAAGGUGGGGCAAGAAGUAAACGCGCGCGUGCUAUCCGUGGACGCCGCUAAACAAACGCUGAUGCUGUCUCUCAAGCCGUCGCUCGUGGCGGCUGGUGCUGCGCUACUGACCUCCUACGAGGCAGCGCAGGUCGGCAAGGCCUACACGGGGGUUAUAAAGGUGGUAAAAGACUUCGUGCUAGUGUCCUUCCUGAACGAAGUGGUAGCGUACGUCCCCCGCAACCAAGUCUCCCGGACACCCGUCGCUAACCUGACCCAGGCCUUCCACCCGGGGCAAGUUGUAACUUGUACUGUGCUGCAAGUCGACGCUCAGAACAAGAAGAUGCUGGGAAGUCUGACGAUUGAACCUUUCUGGCCGGCGAAACGUAGUCCUAUAAACGUGAAACGCAAAAAUGAAACUGAAAACCACGAAGUGCCCAACAAGAAGCGUAAAUCUAGUGAAUCUGAAGACACUGACACAAAUACAGUAAAGAAAAAGAAAGAUAAGAAAAGUAAGGCAAAAGAAGUUUCAGAGGAUAGCGACGCUGAAGACGCGGAGCCUAAAAAGAAAAACAAAGAUAAAAAGAAUAAAAAGGAGAAAAAAGUAAAAGAGGUAUCAGAAGAAAGCGACGCUAUAGAGACAGACAUACAUGAAGACAGUGACCAAGUACUAAAACCAGAAGACCUAGCUCUUAUAGACUUAUCGGACUGUGAAACAGCUAGACAGUGGAAGAAACGAGUAAUAUCUCUAAUGAAAUCCAUCAAAUGUAGAGUACUUAGGAUAAAACGGAUAGACAAAAAGAUAGUAAAAAUAGAAGAACAAGGUUUGUCAGCUAAAAAUAAGAAAUUUCACACAGCCAUGCAUCAAGAAAAGUUAGUUAUCGAAGAGAGAAUAAAGAAAUUAAUGGAAGCUAUGAAGACCGCUCAAGAAAAGUUGAAAGAAUUUGACGAAGAAGAAUACAGAGAUCCUAAUUACAAAGAGAAGCAGAAAAAGAAAAAAGAGGGGAAAAAUCCCAAUAAAGAAGAUGAUUCUUCUGAAGAAGAGGCAGUUCCCGAAAAGAAAAGUAAAAAGAAGGAUAAACUAAAAGAGAAAGAAGCUGAUAAACCUAAAGAAGAGACAAAAGGCAAGAAAAGGAAACAAGAUAAGAAUAAGGAAGUUAAAGAAGUAGUAGAUAAGAGUAAAGAGAUUAAGGUGGUGGAGAGUUUGGAGCCGGCGCUUGAGGUGCCGAGCGCUAAGGACUUCUGGGCGGAGAGUGACAACCAGGCCAGCAAGGUGGAAGAGUCCUCCAGCAGCAGUGAGGAUGAGGAAGCCGAGCAGCCCAAAAAGAAGCGGAAGAAGCUGACAGCCGCCGAGAAAGUAGCGAAAGCCCGCGCCGAGGAGGAACACCUUCGCGAGUUGGAACGUCGCGCCGUCGAGAGCGAAGCGCAGCCGAGGAGCUCAGACCAGUUCGAGAGGGCGCUGCUGGCCAACCCUAACUGCAGCCAACUGUGGAUCGCGUACAUGGCCUUCCAUCUGCAGGCGACAGAAAUCGACAAGGCGCGCGCGGUGGGCCGCAAGGCGCUCAACACCAUAUCUUUCCGCGAGGAGGAUGAAAAGCUCAACGUCUGGCUCGCUAUGCUCAACGUCGAAAACCGGUUUGGCACAAAGGAGUCCCAACAAAAAACACUAGAAGAAGCCCUCCAAAUGAACGACACCUUCAAAGUCCACUCCAAGCUGCUCGACAUCUACGUGGACACCUCCAAGCAUCAAGAACUUUCCUCACUCGUCGAUCUCAUGCUGCGGAAAUAUAAGAGAAAUCCUACCAAUUAUAUACAGUGCGGGGCGGCGUGCUUCAAACUAGGGCUUGUGGAUAAAGCUAGGCAUGUGAUGCAGAAGGCGGUCAGCGUUUUGGAGAAGAAAGAACAUGUAACCGUCUUAGUCCAGUUCGCCCUGCUAGAACGAACCCACGGCGAGCGCGAGCGCGCAGAGGCGCUGUUCGAGCAAGUGCUCGCCGUGUACCCGCAGCGCCUCGACGUGUGUGCUGCGUACGCGGACAUGCUCGCUAAAGACCGCGACAUACAGGCUGUCAGGCAAGUAAUGGAGCGCAUGACGUCCCAGAAACUCCCAGCGCGUAAGAUGAAGACGUUAUUCAACAAGUGGUCGGAGCUGGAGGAGCGCAUCGGCGACGCCGACCGCGCCGAGCAAGUGCGGGAGCGCGCCGUCAAGUUUAUGGAGACCGCCAAGUUUUAAACAUACAUAGGGCAGUGUUGUCAUGUGACAUAAAUGUGAUAAGAAAUAAAUGCAUUGUUUUAAUUA